AUGGAUUAUGCCAUGAAAUCGCUGAGUUUCCUCUCCCUGCGAUCUCUGUCCAGGUCUGCAUCUUCUGGGGACUCCUCUGUGACUCAACAGCUCCCAAUGCCUCCGACAUCCCAUGCCCGGCCUUAUCGGGUGAGCACUUGGAACCGCACCGUGCGCAAGGGGAUCAUGGCAAUGAGCUUGAGCCAUCUGCUUGAGAAGGUGCACUACGUUUUGCCUGUGGUGGGGGCCGUAACCCUUGUCCUGGAUGAAGAUGGCACCAUUGUAGAGACCGAGGAGUUCUUCCAGACCUUACAGGACAGCACCGUAUUCCUAGUGCUAACCAAAGGACAAUCCUGGUACCCAGCGAAGACCCCAGGCUACCAACUUGCCCUAUCCCACAGGCCUCCACACAGCCACGAUGUGGCCUGUGUGACCCUUGACCUCUACAAAACCAAACCCGAGGACUUCAUUGGCUGCCUGAGUUUCAAAGCUGUUCUCUAUGGCAGAUACAGCAUCUCCUACGACAUGCACUGUGGCGGGGCGAAGAGCAUCGUGAAGGAAGCUUUACGCUGGACUCUCUACACCAUGCAAGCCACAGGCCACGUCCUCAUUGGCACCUCCGGUUACAUGCAGCAACUGCUGAAUUCCACUGAGGAUGGAGGAGAGGGCCGUGAAGACUCUUGUGUGGCACUGCAAUGA